AUGGAUCAGAAACUCUCUCAGUUCAACGCUCUUAGUCAGAAAGACAAAGGCCCAGCAUACCUCUCUCUCCUUUCCGAUAUCUACGCCAACCCAUCCUCUUCCGACAUCGCAAGCAACAUCCAUACAUUCGUUGACUAUGUCCUGAACCACGAGACCGCAGGUGUCAUCGUCGGUCGACAAGUCUUCUCCGAGCUCGUCAAGAAUCUUGGCGAGGGGGCUAUCCCAGACACCGAGCUUCGAAAGCGAGUCGUAGAGGACGUCUUGGCCACACUCCAGCCACGCAUUGCUAGCUAUGAAGAACAGGUCAACAGCCUGAAGUUCCAGCUGGCCGAUCUACUUGAGGCUGAAGAGGAAUGGAAUGAAGCCGCUCGUGUACUCAUGGGAAUAUCACUCGAAGGCCAACGGACACCAGACGAGGACAAACUUCGUGUCUACAUCCGUAUUGUGCGUCUCCUACUAGAAGAAGAAGAAUCUGUUACCGCCGAGAGCUACUACAACCGCGCCGCAUCCCUCAUCCACUCCACCAGCGAUAGAGAAACACUCCUCGCAUAUAAGCUCUGUCAGGCCAGGAUCGGUGACUACAGCCGUAAAUUCAUUGAAGCCGCCACUCGAUAUCAUGAACUCAGCUUCGUUGGUGAGAUCGACGAAGAUGAGCGGAGACACAUGCUCUCAGCAGCGGUAACUUGUUCCGUCCUAGGACCCGCAGGUCCCCAGCGCUCCCGUAUCCUCGCCUCCCUCUAUCGUGACGAACGAACAUCCGACCUCCCAACCUACAACAUCCUCUCCAAAAUGUUCCUCGACCAUAUCCUACGCCCCUCUGAAGUCAAAGAAUUCGAGAAAACACUCAAACCACAUCAACUCGCCAAAAUCUCACUCUCCACGAACGACAGACUAGCAUCUGCUAUCCAAGGUGACGACGAACUUUCGGGCGACAAUGUCAGCACCCGGACGGGACCAUCUACUGUUCUCGAUCGUGCUGUGAUGGAACAUAAUGUCCUCGCGAGCUCAAAGAUCUAUAAUAAUAUCACAUUCAGAGGGCUCGGAGCGCUGCUGGACUUGACACCGGGGGCUGCAGAGACUAUGGCGCGAAAGAUGAUCGAGCAAGGACGACUGAAGGGCCACAUCGAUCAGGUGGACAAGUUGAUUUGGUUCGAGGCGGGCAAGGAAGAGGACGAUGCGCAGGGCAAAGCCGGUGGACUGGGUGACGUUGAACAAGUUACGGAAGACACUGGUGCACCGUUCACGAAACGUUGGGAUCUGCAAAUUCGUACGACAGCCGCCAGCGUUGAGACGAUGGUACAGCACCUGGUGGAGAAAGGACUCGUGGUGACAGCAAAAGCGUGA